AUGCACUCUGCUGCCCGUGCCUGCCUGUGUGCGGCCUGCCCGCACGGAGACGUAGCGGCGCCAGACCCUGAGGGUGUCCCUGCCACCCUAGUCCUCGGCCCGCCACCCCCUCAGGCUCCCCGCAGACGCCGAUACACGUUGACCCCGGCUAGGCUGCGCUGGGACCACUUCAACCUCACGUACAGGAUCCUCUCCUUCCCGCGGAACCUGCUGAAUCCUAGCGAAACCCGGAGGGGCCUAGCUGCUGCCUUCCGCAUGUGGAGCGAUGUGUCCCCCUUCAGUUUUCGAGAAGUGGCCCCCGAGCAGCCCAGCGACCUCCGCAUAGGCUUCUAUCCAGCCAACCACACGGACUGCCUCGCCUCGGCCCUGCACCACUGCUUCGACGGCCCCACGGGUGAGCUGGCCCACGCCUUCUUCCCCCCGCACGGCGGCAUCCACUUCGACGACAGCGAGUAUUGGGUGCUGGGCCCCACACGCUACAGCUGGAAGAAAGGCGUGUGGCUCACGGACCUGGUGCACGUGGCAGCCCACGAGAUUGGCCACGCUCUGGGCCUGAUGCACUCGCAGCACGGCCAGGCUCUCAUGCACCUCAACGCCACACUGCGCGGCUGGAAGAUGCUGUCGCAGGAUGAGAUGUGGGGGCUACACCGGCUCUACGGCUGCCUGGACCGGCUGUUUGUUUGCGCGUCCUGGGCGCGGAGGGGCUUCUGCGAUGCCCGUCGGAGGCUCAUGAAGAGGCUCUGCCCCAGCAGCUGCGACUUUUGCUAUGAGUUCCCCUUCCCCACGGUGGCUGCCACCCCACCGCCGCCCAGGACCAAGACCAAGUUGGUGCCUGAAGGCAGGAAUAUGACCUUUCGCUGUGGCCAGAAGAUUCUGCACAAGAAGGGCAAAGUAUACUGGUACAAGGACCAGGAGCCCCUGGAGUUCUCCUAUCCUGGUUACCUGGCGCUGGGCGAGGCGCACUUGAGCAUCAUCGCCAACGCCAUCAACGAGGGCACCUACACGUGCGUGGUGCGCAGGCGCCAGCGCGUGCUCACUACCUACUCUUGGCGUGUCCGUGUUCGGAGCUAG